AUGCCACCCGCUCUGAGUGACGAUGAAAACUCCGACCUUGAGGAGUUUACUACACCCCCACGCGCUGCUCGCAAGAAGUCAACAUCAGCCGUUGUGCCUGACAAGUUUGAGGACACCAAAGACGGGUCAGAGGAAGAGUUGGACGAGGACGAAUUCGUUGUCGAGGCGAUCAAAAAGCAUCUCAUUGACGAGGAUGGCACUCUGAAGUUUCAAGUCAAGUGGGAAGGAUACGAAGCCAAAAAGGAUCUGACUUGGGAACCGGAGGAGAAUCUUCGUGAAUCUGCUCAAGAAAUCCUAGACAAAUAUUUCGACAAGCUCGGAGGUCGAGAGAAGCUAUUCGAGGAGACAGAAACCGCAUCCAAAACGAAGAAGCGGCGCCGAGCUACGAACGGCGGCACUCCUAGCACCACCGCCUCAACAACAAAACGAUCUCGACAAGGCGAUACGCACCCUGCCAACACUACACCUCCCGCCACAUCCAAGCCAUGGAGUCCGCCCGCGGGCUCAUGGGAGGAUGAGAUCGAAUCAAUCGAGCUCGAGGAGGACGAAAACAUCGGUAAGAUCAUCGUUUAUCUGAGAUGGAAGAACGGCAAGAAGACCAAGCACGACACGGAUGUGGUUUACAGGAAAUGCCCACAGAAGAUGCUUCGUUUCUACGAACGCCACCUUAAGAUCGAUAGAGGCGAGAACAAGGAGCUUGUGGAAGAAGCUGAGAACUAG